AUUUCACUGCAGAGCCUCAGGGCCCGGGCCACAUGGAGGGCGCACGGGCGAGUGCGGAGCUCCGGGGUUCUGCUGCCCGCUCCCCAUGAGCCCCUCCGAAGCCGCCGCCGCCUCGGGGGAGCAUGUCACCUCCAGCCGCAGCCACAGCCGCCGCAGCAGCAGCAGCAGCAACAGCAGCAGCAGCCGCAGCGCACGACUCCAGUGCCAGCGCCGCCUCCUCUUCCUCCUGCAUCCUCCGGCACUGGCUCUCUGACUCGAUCCCUUGAUCCAUGCCAGAGGUCCCUGGAGAUCUGGGAGAGCCAUGGCAAGCCAGGGUGACUGCUGUGUCAAGGUGGCCGUCAGGAUCCGGCCCCAGCUAUCCAAGGAGAAGAUUGAGGGCUGUCACAUCUGUACCUCAGUCACUCCUGGAGAGCCCCAGGUGCUGCUGGGGAAGGACAAGGCCUUCACCUAUGACUUUGUCUUUGACCUGGACACCUGGCAAGAGCAAAUCUACACAGCUUGUGUGGGCAAGCUCAUUGAGGGCUGCUUUGAGGGCUACAAUGCCACAGUGCUGGCCUAUGGACAGACAGGAGCUGGAAAGACGUACACCAUGGGCACUGGCUUCGACAUGAGCACCUCAGAGGAGGAGCAUGGUAUCAUCCCAAGGGCCAUCGCCCACCUCUUCAGGGGCAUUGCUGAACGCAAGAAACAGGCCCAGGAACAGGGAGUGCCUGGGCCCGAGUUCAAAGUCAGUGCACAAUUUCUGGAGCUCUACAAUGAGGAGAUCCUAGACCUAUUUGAUAGCACCCGAGAUCCUGACUCCCGCCACCGAAAAUCCAACAUCAAGAUCCAUGAAGAUGCCAAUGGGGGCAUCUACACCACAGGCGUCACCUCCCGUCUCAUCAGUUCCCAAGAAGAGCUGAUCCAGUGUUUGAAGCAAGGCGCUCUGUCACGGACCACCGCCAGCACCCAAAUGAACGUGCAGAGCUCCCGCUCUCAUGCCAUCUUCACCAUCCACCUGUGCCAGAUGCGUGUCUGUGCCCGGCCUGACCUGGUGAAUGGUGAUGUGCCGGGCCUUCCCGAUGGUGCCACCCCUACCAACGAGUAUGAGACGCUCACAGCCAAAUUUCAUUUCGUCGAUCUGGCUGGCUCUGAACGGCUGAAGCGGACAGGGGCCACAGGCGAGAGGGCCAAAGAGGGCAUCUCGAUCAACUGUGGCCUGCUGGCCUUGGGUAAUGUGAUCAGUGCCCUGGGAGACCAGAGCAAGAAGGUGGUUCACGUGCCAUACCGGGACUCCAAGCUCACCCGGCUCCUCCAAGACUCCCUCGGGGGUAACAGCCAGACAAUUAUGAUUGCUUGUGUGAGCCCUUCGGACCGAGACUUUAUGGAGACCCUGAACACCCUCAAGUACGCCAACCGUGCCCGCAACAUCAAAAACAAGGUGGUUGUGAACCAAGACAAGACCAGCCAACAGAUCAGUGCUCUCCGGGCAGAGAUUGCCCGCCUGCAGAUGGAGUUGAUGGAGUACAAGGCGGGUAAGCGAGUGAUCGGGGAAGAUGGCUCUGAGGGGUACAGUGACCUGUUCAGGGAGAAUGCCAUGCUGCAGAAAGAGAAUGGCACCCUGCGAAUGCGGGUGAAAGCCAUGCAGGAAGCCAUUGAUGCCAUCAACAACCGAGUUACCCACCUCAUGAGCCAAGAGACCAACCUGCUCCUUGCUAAGGCUGGAGAUGGCAAUGAGGCCAUUGGCACUCUAAUCCAGAACUAUAUUCGAGAGAUUGAGGAGCUUCGGACAAAGCUUCUAGAGAGUGAAGCAAUGAAUGAGUCUCUCCGCCGCACGCUCUCACGGACCUCAUCACGGCCUUCUUACCCCAUGAGUGGUUCCCAGACCCCGGGAAGUUUGCUGAGCAGUCCAUCAGUUUCCAUGGAAACAGAGGCCUCAGAGGUGAUCCGCAAAGCCAAGCAGGACCUGGAACGGCUAAAGAAAAAGGAGACCAGGCAACGGAGAAAAAGCCCAGAAAAGGAGGCGUUUAAAAAGAGAGCAAAGUUACAGCAAGAGAAUGGAGAAGAGACGGAUGAGAAUGAGGCCGAGGAGGAGGAAGAGGAGGAUAGGGACGAAAGUGGUUGUGAGGAAGAGGAAGGACGGGAAGAUGAAGAUGAAGAUUCGGGCAGUGAGGAGAGCCUGGUGGACUCAGACUCAGAUCCUGAGGAGAAGGAGGUGAACUUCCAAGCCGACCUGGCCGACUUGACCUGUGAGAUUGAGAUCAAGCAGAAGCUGAUUGAUGAACUGGAGAACAGCCAGCGCCGGCUGCAGACACUGAAGCACCAGUACGAGGAAAAGCUGAUCCUGUUACAGAACAAGAUCCGGGACACGCAGCUGGAGCGGGACCGAGUGCUACAGAACCUGAGCACCAUGGAGUGCUACACAGAGGAGAAGGCCAACAAGAUCAAGGCUGACUACGAGAAGCGCUUGCGGGAGAUGAAUCGGGAUCUUCAGAAGUUGCAGGCAGCCCAGAAGGAGCAUGCCCGUCUGCUCAAGAACCAGUCCCGUUACGAGCGGGAGCUGAAGAAGCUCCAGGCUGAGGUGGCAGAGAUGAAAAAGGCCAAGGUGGCCCUGAUGAAGCAAAUGAGGGAGGAGCAGCAACGGAGGCGGCUGGUAGAAACCAAGAGGAAUCGGGAGAUAGCACAGCUCAAGAAGGAACAACGGCGGCAAGAGUUUCAGAUCCGGGCUCUAGAAUCUCAGAAGCGCCAACAGGAGAUGGUUUUGAGGAGGAAAACCCAGGAGGUGUCUGCGCUUCGACGCCUGGCCAAGCCCAUGUCAGAGCGGGUGGCAGGACGGGUCGUGACGAAGCCUCCCAUGCUGGACUCUGGGGCAGAGGUGUCAGCCAGCGCCACGUCAUCCGAGGCGGAGUCUGGAGCCCGGUCUGUCUCAAGCAUCGUGCGCCAGUUUAAUCGAAAGAUCAACCACUUUCUGGGAGACCCGGCGACCCCCGUCAAUGGCACCCGUCCCGCCAGAAAGAAGUUCCAGAAGAAGGGAGCCAGCCAGAGCUUCAGCAAAGCUGCCCGAUUAAAGUGGCAGUCCCUAGAACGGCGCAUCAUCGACAUCGUCAUGCAGAGGAUGACCAUUGUCAACCUAGAGGCUGAUAUGGAGAGGCUCAUCAAGAAAAGGGAGGAGCUAUUUCUCCUUCAGGAAACGCUGCGGAGGAAGAGGGAGAGGCUUCAGGAAGAGAGCCCAGAGGAGGAGAAGGGGCUACAGGAACUGAGUGAAGAGAUUGAGGUGCUGGCAGCCAAUAUUGACUAUAUCAAUGACAGCAUUUCUGAUUGCCAAGCCACCAUUGUACAGCUGGAGGAGACCAAGGAGGAGCUCGAUUCCACCGACACGUCAGUGGUCAUCAGUUCCUGCUCACUGGCUGAAGCCCGGCUCUUGCUGGACAACUUUCUCAAGGCCUCCAUUGAAAAGGGUCUGCAGGUGGCCCAGAAGGAGGCCCAGAUUCGGCUGCUGGAGGGGCGGCUGAGACAAACAGACAUGAACAACUCCUCUCAGAACCACCUGCUCCUGGAUGCCCUUCGAGAGAAGGCUGAGGCCCACCCUGAACUACAGGCACUGAUCCACAACGUGCAGCAGGAGAAUGGUUAUUGCAGCACAGAUGAGGAGAUCUCUGAGUUCUCAGAGGGGAGCUUCUCCCAGUCCUUCACUAUGAAAGGCUCUACCAGCCACGAUGAUUUCAAGUUCAAGGGUGAGCCCAAGCUGUCUGCUCAGAUGAAGGCAGUGUCAGCCGAGUGCCUGGGUCCCCCACUGGACAUCUCCACCAAGAACAUCACCAAAUCUCUGGCCUCGCUUGUGGAGAUCAAAGAGGACGGUGUGGGCUUCUCCAUCCGAGACCCCUACUACCGAGAUAAGGUCUCACGCACCAUCAGCCUGCCCACCCGAGGAAGCACCUUCCCUCGGCAAUCCCGAGGCUCUGACACCUCGCCUCUGACCCGGAGGAAAUCCUAUGACCGAGGGCAACCUAUCAGGUCCUCGGACAUGGCCUUCACACCCCCUUCGUCCCCCCCCACGCGGCCCCGCAAUGACCGCAACGUCUUCUCUCGCCUCACCAGCAAUCAGAGCCAGGGGUCAGCACUGGACAAGUCCGAUGACAGCGACUCCUCUAUCUCGGAGGUCCUGAGGGGAAUCAUCAAUCCCAUUGGUGGAGCCAAGAGCGCCCGGACUGCUCCCUUGCAGUGUGUCUCAGUAGCUGAGGGUCACACCAAGCCCAUUCUUUGCUUAGAUGCCACUGAUGAGCUGCUCUUCACGGGAUCAAAAGACAGAAGCUGCAAGAUGUGGAACCUGGUGACAGGGCAGGAGAUCGCCGCUCUGAAGGGUCAUCCCAACAAUGUGGUCUCCAUCAAAUACUGUGCCAACUUGGGCCUGGUGUUCUCUGUCUCCACAUCCUAUAUCAAGGUGUGGGACAUCCGGGAUUCUGCCAAGUGCAUCCGCACCCUCACGUCCUCAGGUCAAGUGAUCUCCGGAGAUGCCUGCGCAAGCACCACCAAUCGCACUGUCACGAGCGCUCAAGGGGAACACCAGAUCAACCAGAUCGCCCUCAACCCCACGGGCACCACUCUGUAUGCCGCCUCUGGCAACUCAGUCCGUGUCUGGGAACUCAACAGGUUCCAGCCCAUCGGGAAGCUGACUGGACAUAUUGGUCCUGUGAUGUGCUUAACGGUCAACCAGACUUCUAGCCACCAUGAUCUUGUGGUGACCGGCUCCAAGGAUCACUAUGUAAAGAUAUUUGAGCUGGCAGAAUCUGUGACGGGCAACAUCAGCCCCACCCACAACUUUGAGCCCCCACACUAUGACGGCAUUGAAUGCUUAGCCAUUCAGGGCGACAUCCUAUUCAGUGGCUCCCGGGACAAUGGCAUUAAGAAGUGGGACCUGGAGCAGCAGGAGCUCAUUCAGCAAAUCCCAAAUGCCCACAAGGACUGGGUCUGCGCCCUGGCCUUUGUCCCUGGCCGCCCCAUGCUGCUGAGCGCUUGCCGAGGGGGCUUCAUCAAGGUCUGGAAUGUGGAAAACUUCACACCCAUUGGCGAGAUCAAAGGCCACGACAGCCCCAUCAAUGCCAUCUGUACCAACUCCAAGCACAUUUUUACGGCCUCCAGUGACUGCCGGGUCAAGUUGUGGAGUUACGUCCCUGGACUCACCCCCUGCCUUCCACGCCGCGUCCUGGCUAUAAAGGGCCGUGCUACUAGCCUGCCUUGACCCUCUUCUUCCCACCCUCUUCCCUUCGUCUUUGCUCUCAGCCUCCUUUCUCUCCUCUCUUAUUCUCCCCUCUUCCCUCUUCCUUUCUUUCUCCACUUCGAUCCAAGCUGCUUCUUAACGUGACCUGACAGUGAAAUUCUGGAGCGGAAGGCGGCUACCCAGUGGCACAGUUUAGUAGCAGAGGUCAGAGGGGGCACUCGGAUUCCACAUUUCUUCCAGCAGCCUGGACAUCGUCUAAAGGGAAGCAUCUUCAGACAAUCUAAGCCCCUCGGGCCCAGGCCAGACAGUGCCCAUGGUUCUGGGCCAGAGAGUUUGGGGAUUCCUUCUCCCUCUCCUAGGCUUCCCACACCCAUCUCUCGAGGGGUGGGAGUCCCCUGGCCGGGGAAAGGAGAAGGGGAGGAUAUUAAGCUGUGAAGCCAAAGGGCAUUUUUUGGUCCCCACUCUUUCCCCGGAAGCUCCUCUACUUCUCCCGGGUUCGGCCCCGUUUUCUUCCUGCUGAAUUGUCCCUUUCUCACCCCGACCUCAGGAGCUCUCCAGCUGGCCUGUGAGGAGACCUUGGGGAAAAUUGUAUUAGCACCCCCCACCUCCAGAAAGCCCCCCACGGUGGGGAGGAGAUUCUGAGCCAGGCUGAGGGGCUUCCCCAGCCCCAACCAGCCAUGUUUAAACUUGGAAACCACCUCUCCCUCUUUUCCUCUUCCGUCUGAACACUGUCUUUCAGAUGGGCACCUUUCCUGCCAUCCUUUCUUGCCCCUCUGGCUCCCCAUUCCUGCUUCUAAGUCCUCAGCCCCCUCCCCCAAAAGGAAAGAGGUCAAAGGAAAAAGAGUCCCUCCCUCUAGUGACCAUGUAAAUUUGGGGAUAGGCGGCUGCCAGGCCCUAACCUUGAGCCUUCUCCCUGGGGCCACCCCACUAGCGGGCCCAUCCUUCCGGUUCCCACUGAGGGGAGAGCCGCAGGCUCAGCCGGGUCAUUUCCUCUCUCUAUUUAUUUAUUUAUUUAUUUGUCACUGACGCUUCCUGGAUACCAACUUGAAGUUUCUUCUGAUGCAUUCUGUCCCUUGAGCUCUUCAGGGCCAGGAAUCCUG